AUGGCGUCCCUGCCGCCUCAGCGCCCCGCGUCGCGACAUAGACCCGCACCCCCUGCCGAAUCAUCGUCCUCGCAGCAAGGGCAGACAGAGCGAACGAACAGCUUCUCCGGCCAGUCAGUAGACUCGCAGACGUUACUCCUCAACUCGCCGCCUACACAGUCAGCCACUCCCACGCCUCAAGAGCAGAAAGAGACACCCGCACAAACCACAGCGCCACAACAAGAGGAGGAUGACGAACCACGCCGGUGUUGGAUCUGCUUCAACGAUGAGACGGAAGACGACGAAACGACUUCGGAAUGGCGAUCGCCUUGCGCUUGCUCACUAGUGGCGCACGAGAAGUGCUUAUUGGACUGGAUAGCAGAUAUGGAAGCGCCGAGCUCACGUCGACAGGCUGGUAAAUCGGCAGGGAAGAUAUUAUGUCCUCAAUGCAAGAGCGAAAUCAGGGUACAACGGCCGAGGAGUUACGUGGUAGAUGUUGUUCGGAGCAUCGAGCGCCUCACGGGCAGCCUGCUGCUCCCUGGCUUCGCACUCGUCACAGGCACAGCUCUUUACUCGACUCUGACGCUUUCCGGGACUGCGACAAUAUACCAGAUCUUUGGAACACAGGAUGCGCUGCAGAUCCUUGGGCCGCUUUACGAGACACCAAAUCGGUCGGUGAACUCGGUGACGAUACAGUGGCUCGAACAUCUGCGACAGCAUUGGAGGCUAGAUCUUGGACUGCCUUUGAUACCAGCGGUCCUAGUCGCAAGCAGAACAACCUUUGCCGACUCGUUUUUACCUUUCCUCCCGCUCAUCUUCUUCGUCAGCUCCGGACAGCCGGGCGAUGAGAUGCUACAACUACAGUGGCCACCGAGCGCCGCUUUUACUUUCGCCGCCCUGCCAUAUCUCCGAGGUUUUUACAAUGCAUACUAUGAGCGUGUCUGGUUACCACGAGAGCAACAGUGGCUGAAAGAGAUUCAACCCCGAGCCGGUGAAGACACGACCGCAGAUGCUCAAGUACAAGCCGACCACGAUCACGAUCACGACCAUGGAGGUGACGAGGACGUAAUAGAAGAGGUGGAGAUCGAACUCGACUUCGACAUCUUUGCAGAUUGGAACAACGAUGGCGAAGGCGAUAAUAACGACGCGCCUGAGGAUCCUCCCGUACGGGCUGCACGAGGCCCAGCCGGACCAAUCGAUGUGCCUCCACAGGAUGAUGAAGACGAUGCCGACAUGCUAGUCCCCCAGCUUAUCGACGACGGCCCUCAACUAAACGCGGCACCUGCGCCUAACAUCCCCAUGCAACCCGCUGCUCCACGACCCCGCCGCGUCCGACGCGAACGCGGCGUCACUUUCUCCACCACCUCGCUCGCCGACACGAUUCUCGGCGCCCUCAUCUUCCCCACCAUAGCUGCUGCAGUGGGCGAACUGCUCAAACACACGUUACCUAGCUCAUGGGUCACGCCUCCCACGGGCGCACCAGCCAUAUCUUGGCUCGGCGGCUGGAUCAAUACGGGUGGCAAAGCAGGUGGUGUGGGCAAGCCAACGGGAUUCUUGCAGACGCGUUGGGGUAGGAGUGUUAUGGGCGGAUGUAUGUUUGUGGGUUUGAAGGAUUUCAUUAUGCUUUACGUCAGGUGGAAGACGGCGCAGAAUCAUCGUAAGAGGGGGAUUGUGAAUUAUGAUAGGAAGAAGCCGAGGGCUGGUGCUGCAGCAUCGUCAUGA